AUGGCCCCCGUUCGGGUAACUCCGACUUGUGGAGAUGGUACUCGCGCGCUGAUGGCUUUAUCCAAGUGGGCUUCACGUCAUGCAGAGAAGCACUCGUUGAGCUGGAAGAAGGUGAUUACUCCAGCUGCUCUCAUUGAGAAGACUCAUGCCCGACAACUCGCUGCGCGUGACAAAGUGUUCGAGCGCCAUCUCCCGUUCUCGUGGCUGCGGUUCUUCAUCGGAGCUGUGUCGCUAGCUCUCGUUUUCGCCGACGUCUUACGCUCCGGUGUGGGCGUGUCGAAUCUUCAAGAUGUGUACCCAUCACUGCAGCCAGACGAAGUGGUAAGUUUUGAUACAUCGUGGAACUAUUCAGUGUUUGCGUCUACCAAAGAGGAAGCCAGAAAAGGCAGCACAACAGCACGUGUAUGGAGCUACAACUCCAAACUUUCCGAAUUGUUUCUUGUACACUAG